GGAAGCGCGGCCCUGAGGCAGGCGCGGCGGCGGAAGUGGAGCCGACGGGCGGCGGAGCGGCCAUGGUGUCCGGCAAGCAGCUGGCUGAUUUCGGCUACAAGGCCUUCUCCGGUUCCAUGAUGCUGCUGACGGUGUACGGCGGGUACCUGUGCGGCGUCCGGGCCUACCGCUUGCUGCAGAACCGCCGCGCCCGGCAGGCCUCGGCCGGCCCCGAGAGCUGAGGGCGGAGCGCUCGGUGCCGCCGCGGUGCCGAGCUGCGCUCUCGGAAGGGCCCGGAGCGCAAUAAAACCACGUGGAAACGCC